AUGGCACGGCUAGCAGCAGACUAUAGACCUUUCUUCUGGAAUGUGCGGAGCGGGGAAUGGGAGGCAGCAAAGGAGUUUAUUAAUCAACAUCCAGAGGCAGUAAGAGCAAAAGAUCAGAGUAACGGCUGGACAGCUCUUCAACUCGCUAUCUUUUAUAACAGGGUGGACGGUGUAAAAGAGUUACUGCCGUUGAUGAAAAAGAAAGAUUUGGAUAUAGUACCAGCGAAGGAACGGUCAUCAUUUACUGCUCUUUCAAUGGCUAUACAUAACCGGGAUACAGAGGAUGCGGUUGAAAUUGUCAAGUGCAUAGUUGAGAAGAACAGGAAACUACUCCUUCGUGUUGUCCAUCCUUCCGCGAAUGCUGUUCCACUCCAGUAUGCUCUCGAUCGGGACAAACCAAAAAUGGCUCGUUAUCUUUGUUCUGUAACUCCAAUCGAAAAGCUGAAGAGUAGGGAUGCCGCUGAGCUUGUUUCCACGUGUUUGCGACUGAAACAUUUAGAUAUUUCGUUGGACUUACUGCAGCGUUUUCCAAAGUUGGCCAUUACUAAAGACCACUCCGGUGAAUCCCCUUUGAACGAAUUAGCAAGUACGCGUGUAUUAUUCUCAGAUGCUAGUCAACUGGGAAUAUGGAAACGAUUGAUUUAUAGAUGUAAGUAG